GGAAGGAAUACCCUACUGAUACUGGAGCCACAGCCGUACUGCCAGUAUCAUGUCUACCAUACAAAGAAAGGGCAGCAGCCACCUGUUCAACAGUUUGCGCACCUGUAGACUGAAGAUUCCAGAGGACCAGCAACAUCAAGAAAAAUCUGUCAUUGCUCAACCAAUAUUUGUUUUUGAAAAGAGAAAACAAACUUUUAAGAGACCUGCAGAAGACACCCUGUAUGAAGCAGCAGAACAUGAGUGUAAUGAUUCUUCAAGAAAGCGUGUCCGGUCUUCGUCUUUUACUUUGCAUACUACAGAUUCUCAGUCCCAAGGAGCAUCAACCUUGUCCCAGAAGCGACUAAGAUCGUCAUCCUUCACGGAUCUCCCGACCUUCCCCCCUUCUGGGCCAGUGAAGAAAAACAAUGUUUUUAUGACAUCAACUUUUGUGCAAAGGAAUGUUGAUAUGAACAGUGCAAAACAAGGUCCUGUGAAACAUUCUGAACAUGUUCUAAGACCUGCUAUCUUGCAGCCACCUCAAGCUCAAAAGUGUAUAAAAGUAAGAAAAGCAUUUGGACACGAUGUGCUGGAAUCCUGCAAGAGUAGAGAAAAAAACAAAAAUAAGAUUUCUGAGGAGAACUCCUAUUUGCUAAGUGAAAAUUUACCAAGUGCCAGAAUUUCAGUCCAGCUGUCUACUAACCAGAAUUUUUUAGGUCCUACAUCAGUAGGAUGUCAACCAAAUGAAGAUAAGUAUUCUUUUAAAAGCUGCAGUUCUGAUUUCGUUUUUGGAGAAAACAUGGUAGAAAGAGUUUUGGGUACUCAAAAACUCACUCAGCCUCAACUUGAAAAUGAUUCAUACAUCAAGGAAAAACCAUUCAAAUUCACUUUAAAAUUUCCUAUCAACGCUCCAAACUCAAGAACAGACUCUCUUAAGAAUAUACCCCUAACUGAAUCAGCUGCUGCUUUCUCUUCUAAACCAUCACCAAAAUGUCUGCUGGAGAAAAUUGAUGUCAUAACCGGGGAGGAGACAGAACACAGUGUGUUAAAGAUCAACUGCAAGCUUUUUAUAUUCAACAAAACAACACAGUCCUGGAUUGAAAGGGGCAGAGGAGCUUUGAGACUGAAUGACACAGCAAGCAGUGAUUGUGGAACAUUCCAGUCAAGACUAAUUAUGCACAAUCAAGGCAGCCUGAGGCUGAUUCUCAAUAGUAAACUCUGGGCUCAAAUGGAGAUUCAAAAAGCAAACCACAAAAAUUUACGAAUAACAGCUACUGAUUUAGAAGACUAUAACAUCAAAGUGUUCUUAAUUCAGGCCAGUGCCAAAGAUACAGGAUGUAUGCAUGCAGCAAUACAUCACCGUCUUGUUGCACUUCGAAGCUUCUGUAAGCAGAAAGAUGCAAAUCAAGCUGAAGGCCAGUCAGAAACAGUCCUCCAACAAUUUAACUGUGAGAGCUGUGAUGAGGAUGAGGAUGAUUUUAUCCAAGUCACUAAAACUAGAUCAGAUUCUUCUAGGUGGACCCACAGACAGUCGGUUGCCUGUUCAUGAGUGCUACCUACUAUAAACAUGAAAACAUCUACAAAAAGAUCACCUUACUGAAAAAAUCUAAGCCAUCCUAAUAACUAAAUGAGAAGAUCCUAUUCAUUCCUGGAACAGUUUUUAUAGAAAGGUCCAAGAAAUAUAAUUUGUUGCAAUUAAAAUGUUUCUCUGUGUAGUAUAAUAAUUCUGAGGUUUUAUAUUUUGAUUAUUGUGGAGAAAAUGGCAGAAUUUAAGAGACACAUGGCCUUUGGAAGUUCAAAAUUUUUCAUUUUUGAAGAAGUUAAUUUAGAAUAAGAUUUGGUAACUAAUUUGGACUAUUCAUCACAUUGAUGGAUACAAUAGUUAAAAUUAUAAAUUGCUGGAUUUGAUAAAUAUCUAAGAUAUUUAUUUUUUCAGUCAUAUAUUGUCUGGCCAUAAAACAAAUAUUUUACAAAACUUCCAGAGUCAUUUCUUUGAAAAAUGUUAAAACUGCACGUUAACAUGUUAUUAAAUCAUGUUUUUCUUCUGGGAAAUGUGUAUUUUCAUUUAACCUUUGGACUUCCUAAUUCUAUAUUAUUAUAUAUUCAUGGUAUGAAUUCCUUUAAAGAGAAUAUCUGUUCUUGCACUUGUAUCUAUCGCACCUUCUAUAUGCUUGACUCACGGUCAGUAUCCAAUAUUUGUUGAAGGAAUGAACAAAAUACAUUACCUAUGUAUCAAAACAGUAACUAUACAAAAAGUGAAAUAUGUUAACUUGUUCUUUGCUUUAUUUAUGUAAUUAAAUUGUCAUUAAUAUUCUAGUAGGUGAGGCUGUACAGAGACCUUUUAUAGCCAAAUGACCUUUUUUUCUUAAAUGCCAUUAUUAAGGUAAAACACAGUAAUUUCAACAAUUGUGCAACAGAAUUUUGAUGUUCCUCUUUUGAGAUUUGUUUCAGAGACACUUCAGGAGUUACACAAGUAGGGGCCACCACCUCACUGUGUGCUCACAUGAUCUCUUUCUUGUGGGAGCACGGGGAGGCGGUAGGGAGAAAAAGACAGCAGGUUCUCUGGUGUCUCUUUUUAUAAGGACAUUAAUCCCAUCAGACCAGGGCCCUCAUAACCUCAUCUAGCCCUAAUUACCUCCCAAAGCCCCAUCUCCAAAUACCAUCACAUUGUGGGGCAGACUUCAACAUAUGAAUUUUGGGAGAACAUAAACAUUCAGUCCAUAAUAAGGAAUAAUUCACAGUACAAAAUGAUUUCUGAAAACGUUCUGAACAGUGACAACAUAUUUGGGAUAAGAGUAUAGCUUCAUUUCUACUUUGAAGAACAAUAUUCACAUGGAAGUAUACAUGUGAAUACAUAUUUUUAAAAAGUUACAUUACUUUAUUAUAGUAUAUACCAUAGAUAAUAGUAAAAGCAAUUAUAUAUAUGCAUUUAUUGUCAAAUCUAAUGCUUGAAAGUUUAGCAUAUGAAAGUUGAAUUACUUUUAGACUAUAAUUUAGCUAGUAUGUUAUAACUGAUGAAAGUUUUGCUUUCCCUAUCACUAACUUAGUAAAAUUUAGCUACUGAGUAUUUAACUUUCAUUAAUUCUUCUAGUGACUCCAGAAGAAAUACAGUAAAUAAAAUCCUUUACUUCUAAAUUAAGCAAUGACUCAGGAAGUGGAGAAGAAAAGUUAAUGUAAGAGAGGAAGAGAGAAAAGGUUGAGAGAAGGAAAAAAAAAAAAACAGUAAAGAAGAGCCCUAACAUGAAAGGAAGAAUAAAAAGAAUGGAAAAUCAGAAGUUUUAAGUGUUUUCUUUUUAAUUCUAAAAGAGUGACUCUGAUGCAGAACAAACUCGGAAGAAAAUUUUCAUUAGAAGCAUAAUAUAAACAGGGAGACAUUUGGAGAAGAUAUUAAAGAAUUGGUUCUCUUAUAAGAUCUUAGCUGAUAUGGGAACAUUGGGAUUAUGCUAAAUUGCUAAAGUAAAGCAGAGAAACAGAGAUUUUCCUUAUUUUCCUGACAUGUUCAUUCUUGACCCCUCUUUAGCUGUGGAGAUGAAUUUUCUCAAUGCCUCAAACAUUUUAUUUAGGGAUUAUGACAUGGCUACUAACAGCAGAAACACGAUAUUUAGCUUAUGACUUUCAACCCAUUUCCACUCUGCUAUUCCUUCUUAUACUCUUUAUGCAUAUAUUCAGUAAUAUUUUGGGGGGUAAUAGAAAUAGAAACAUCUUAUAGUUUCUCCUUGUCCUAUAUCUUCAUCUAGCCUUCUCCUUUUUGGCUUUUCUAUAUCCUUUGCCCACCCCCCCUUUAGUGUGAAG